GCCUAUUUACUUGCCCACAGUUCACCCUCUUUAGACGUUGUUGCUAACGCUCAUUGUGUGUUUUGUCAAGUCCAAAAGUGAGCAUCAACUUCUAUGUAGUAAGUGGAUGCAGUUUAAAUGGUAAUGGGGCUGUAAAAAAGUCAAUCGGCGGCAGAAGGGAUCUAGGAAAAAUUCCAGGGUUUGAGAAAACGGAGCACUUUAAGCAAAUCUGGUGGCUUUACUCACAGAAUAAGUGAAUUUCUGUAAUAAAUCAGAGGCGUCAUGGUGUCAUGGCUUAUCUCUCGGAUUGUUGUGCUUACAUUCGGGACACUGUAUCCAGCUUAUUCUUCCUAUAAGGCAAUUAAAUCCAAAGAUGUGAAGGAAUAUGUGCGCUGGAUGAUGUAUUGGAUAGUUUAUGCCCUCUUUAUCACUGCGGAGACUCUAACCGAUAUCUUUAUUUCAUGGAUUCCCUUCUAUUAUGAACUGAAGAUGUCGUUCGUAAUAUGGUUGUUGUCUCCAUACACAAGAGGGGCCAGCCUUCUGUACAGGAAGUUUGUCCAUCCUGCACUUUCUCGCAGAGAAAAGGAAAUUGAUGAAUAUAUUGUUCAGGCAAAGGAACGAGGCUAUGAGACCAUGGUAAAUUUUGGGAAGAGAGGCCUGAAUAUUGCAGCCACUGCUGCUGUGCAAGCUGCCUCUAGGAGCCAGGAUGCAAUAGCAGGUCGCUUGCGCAGUUUCAGUAUGCAGGACCUACGGAAUCUUCCUGAUGAUGAACCCCUAUACUACAGAAGUCCGACAAGAAAUGAUGAUAUGAACCUUAGGAGAAGGCCACUGAGUGCAUCUAGAAAGCCUCACAAGAGCAACUAGAUCACGAUUAAAAAAGAAAACAGCUGAUCCUGCUUUUGAUGACCUGAGAGACUGAAGGAAGUGGAGACCAUGAAAAAUGUGGCUUUUAUAAAUGAAUGUUCAGUCCCUGUUUGUUGGCUCAGAAAUGCACCUUUGCAGUGCCCUUUUGGGAUCCACACUGUUUGAUGAACCAUAAGAUACAAAACGUAAAGAAGUGAAAUUCUGUGCAAACUUAGUAAACCUGUUUGGUUUCACAAAAAUCACAGGGUAUUAUCCUCAUUACCAAGAAUUAUUUACUUUUAGGUUUAAAAAAAUUGAUACUGUUUCUUCAUAUUUGCUGCUAGCUUCCAUAUAUGUCUUAAGGACCAUCUUAAAAAUACUGGUUUAUAAUUAGAAUGGAUGCUGGAUGUUUUCUUAAUAGUCCAUGAUACUUAAAAUCUGUUUUUUCUAAAUUUGUUUUUCAUAUCAUAGGACUUCAUUGAUGCAUCUGCCUUGUGUGGCAACAUGGAUAGAAUGCUUUUUUACAAUUUUUUUUAUACAGUGAAUGUUCUCUGGAAAAUUUGUUUUCAAGUUAAAAGUUUUGCCAGCCAUACUCUUAGCAAUCCUGCUUCCAAAUCUGUAUUUCUGUCAUAUGAUAAUUCUUUUUACAGUUCGUACAAAACUGUGAGUUGUAUAUAUUGUAUAGCUAGAGUAUGCCUUGACAACAGGAUUUUGUGCCUUCAUUGAGGUGUCAUGAGGCAAGGAAUAUUUCAGAAUGCUGACUUUUGCAGAGUGCCUUAAACUUUUCAGGAUGUGAUGUUUUAUUGUGCGUUUGUGUAUAUGUAUAUAGAUGUCUGUAUUAGGUCAUUAAAUAAAUUUUAAAAUAAGAUGUAGGAGAUUA